GACGUCGUGUACAAUCAGACCUUCGACGAGGUGCUCCGCCAGGCCGUCCGCUCUGCGAAGACCCCCGAGGACUGCUGCGACUUGGGCGAGCUCGCCCAGGCCCUGAACAAGUUGGACGAGGAGAUCAAGGAGGAGCAACCACCUGAUGUGGUGCAGCAGCCUUCGGCGGCGGACGUCGAGGCCAGCAGGAAGAAGGCGGAGGAGGAGGAAGCCAAUAAGAAGAAGGAGUGGGACUUCGAGGAGAGCGCCUCGUCUGUCAUCCUGAAGAAGGUCGAGGAGGCGAACUCGUCCAAGACGGGGGACUCGCAGAUGACCGAUGCCGACGACAUCGAGAAGAUCAAGGCUGCCGAGAAGGAUGUCACCCGGAUCUUCGAUGCCAACGUCACUCUCUGCCCGAUGCCCGACAGCGAGAAGAAGGCCCGGGCGGCUCUCCAGGGGUCCGCGGUUGGCAAGGGGCCCGAGCAGCAUGGCGCGGAGAAAAAGUUCACCCUCAUCUUUGUCGACCCCGGCCUCCUCGGCGAGCCUGUGACGGCCCCGCACAUCCGCAUCAACGCUGUGCCCCAGGACAAGAUCAAGGUGCUGCUCCGGGCGGUGUUGUCGCGCUUCGAUGAUGGCAGUAAGGGCAGCGCCAUUCACGACACGGACUUGUUCCUCCUCUUCGACAACCAUCUCCACUACAACGUGCAGAAGUUCCAGAAGAAGCAGAUCUAUUUGUCAUACGACGAGGACAGCCUACGCCACCGCAUGGGGUGCGUCCGGGGCAAUUCGCAGUUCGAUCAGAUCGAGUACCUGACACUUUGCAGCAAGGACGAGUUGAGCAUGUGCCUCCCCAACACGAAGCGGCUGAUCUACCCUGGCUCGAACUCGGGCAACAAAAUCGGCGACAUCGAGUUGCCACCUGUUUCUGCCCUGUGGCAGCUUCCGUGCAAGGUGAAGCACCAGAUCCACGGGGCCUUCAGGGUCGAGGCCGGGGGGGGGACGAAGGGCGAGGAGGGCCCCGGGCGCGGGAACAAGCGCAAGACCGUGGACACAGUGGAACCAGUCUUCUGGCGCGGCCGCCCCGUCAAGUUCUACACUGAGCUGAAGCAUUCGUACCGCAUGGGGAAGUGUAUUGACAUCAGCGUCGGCGAUGGCACGCUCGCUGUUCUUUGCGCCCAGAAUCGGAUUCCCUACUUCGGCUUCAGCCUGAACGAGAAGCACGCCAAAGCAGUGCGCCAGCGGUGCAUUCAGGUGAUGCUGGAGCGGAAGUUCACCGAGGGCGACAAGUCGUACGACCCCGAGCUGGCCAAGCUGUUCAAGAUCGCGGCCGCGCCCGAGGAGCAUGCGUCGAAGAGGCCGAGGGUCACGGGUGGUGGACCUUUGGGCGACAAGCAGGACUCGAAGCAGUCUGGCCAGCAGACGCUCGACGAGUUCAAGAACAAGUUGGAGUAG